UGUGCGAGCCAUUUCGAAAGGAGAGAAAAGAGCCCCAAUUCCAUGGCGAUCUCCAAAACCCUAACCCUAGCUUAGCUUCUCUCUGGUCCCAAAUCACUCUCUUCUCAAUUCAACUCAAUUGCUGUAAUAAGAGGAGCAGAGUUAAGAGAGGGAGGGAGGGAGAGAGGGGAGAGAAUGGAGAACCCUAAGAAGUCUCUGCUCCGGCUCAGGCUUAGGGUUACGGCGAAGAAGAGGGGGAGGGAUCCGAGCAGAUCCGGCGGCGGCUCCGCCCGAAAGAUCCAGAGGGAGUGCGUGAAUUCGGUGAAGAAGCUGCAGAGGCGGGAGAUCGGAGGGUUUCCGAGGAUGGCACGCGGGGCUUCCUCAAAUGCCCCUGAGAAGUUUCGGAAUAUCCAGCUCCAGGAGGAGUUUGAUACAUACGAUCACAACGUUCAUUGGUUUCUGAAACUACAGUUUCUCAAGAAACGAUCUAAAAUCAUUGAGAUUGUUGCAGCAAAAGAUGUUAUAUUUGCUUUAGCUCAAUCUGGCCUCUGUGCGGCUUUUAGUCGAACAAUAAACAGACGUAUAUGCUUCUUGAACAUUAGCCCUGAUGAAGUGAUUAGAAGCCUUUUCUAUAAUAAGAACAAUGAUUCACUCAUAACAGUAUCAGUUUAUGCAUCGGAUCAUUUUAGUUCCUUGAAAUGCCGAACUACCCCAGUAGAGUAUAUCAGGAGGAACCAAUUAGAUGCUGGAUUCCCUCUUUUUGAAACAGAGUCCCUUAAGUGGCCUGGUUUUGUUGAAUUCGAUGAUGUAAAUGGAAAAGUACUAACUUAUUCGGCCCAAGAUGGCAUCUACAAGGUCUUUGAUCUAAAGAAUUACUCAUUUUUAUACUCAAUAUCUGAUAAGAACGUGCAGGAGAUCAAAAUCAGUCCAGGAAUCAUGCUGUUAAUAUACCACAGAACUCCUGGUUAUGUUCCACUGAAGAUACUCUCCAUUGAAGAUGGAACAAUAUUAAAAUCUUUCAAUCAUUUGUUACACCGGAACAAAAAGGUUGACUUCAUUGAGCAGUUCAAUGAGAAGCUCUUGGUCAAACAAGAAAAUGAGAAUCUCCAAAUUCUUGAUGUGAGGAAUUCAGAUCUGACAGAAGUUAGUAGGACAGAGUUUAUGACCCCUUCAGCAUUCAUCUUCCUUUAUGAGAACCAUCUCUUCUUAACGUUUAGAGACAGAACUGUGGCUGUUUGGAAUUUCCGUGGAGAACUUGUCACCUCCUUUGAAGACCACUUGCUGUGGCACCCAGACUGUAAUACGAACAAUAUUUACAUCACAAGUGAUCAGGAUCUUAUAAUUUCAUACUGCAAAGCGGAAGAAGGAUGCGAAGAUGAUGGGGAAGUUUCAGCUGUCGGGUCCAUCAACAUGAGCAACAUAUUGACGGGUAAGUGCAUCGCCAAGAUAUGCUCGAGUGAUACAACACUGCAGAUAAGCCCUCGCCGGAGAGGUGAUGGUGGCAGGUCUUCCAUCCGUAGCACGGUCAAGGAGGCUCUUGAGGAUGUAACGGCCCUCUUCUACGAUGAGGACAGGAACGAGAUCUACACCGGAAACAAGCAAGGUUUGAUUCAUGUUUGGUCCAAUUAGAGCUCUACUUAUCUUUCUGGAGCCAACCUUAAUUUGUAGCAUACGUAGGCAGCUGCUCAUCCCCAGGGGAAAAGGGGUUUGUGUAAGAGCAUGUACGAGUCUGUAGCCACACAAUGUUUUGAAAUUCUUGUGUUGUCUUUUGUGCUCUAUGUUAUGUAACGUGUGUGCCAUGUAAUUUUAUGCGCUCUGUAUUGCUUUCCAGGAAAAAGCUGUGUUGUGCCAAAUAAUUUAAAAUCUCUUUUUCCAUCAGUA